AUGGAGGAAAAGGUCCAAAGUGUGUUGAAGCUGAUAGAAGAAGAUGGAGAUUCAUUCGCGAGGAGGGCUGAAAUGUAUUAUAAAAAGAGACCAGAGCUGAUAAACUUCGUGGAGGAAUCUUAUAGAGCUUAUAGAGCAUUGGCUGAACGCUAUGAUCACAUUUCAACUGAGCUGCAGAAUGCAAACAACACAAUUGCUUCGGUUUUUCCAGAGCAAGUUCAGUUUUCCAUGGACGAGGAAGACGAAGAAGCCAUGCCUAAAUUCACUAAGAAGCUACCUGAGAUCUCCAAAGGAAACAUCCCAAAAGUACCCAAGGCCCCCAUUGAUUUAAAGACUGUCAUAACAACAGCAACAAAGAAGUUGAAGUCCAAAAAGAAUGCAAAAAUGGCAGCCGCAGCUUCGUCGGUUGCCAAAUCUGGUUUGAGCAAACAAGAGGCACUCAAUGAGAUUGACAAGCUGCAGAAACAGAUUUUGGCACUGCAAACUGAGAAGGAGUUCAUGAAGAGCUCUUAUGAAAGCACACAUGCAAGGUAUUGGGAGAUUGAGAAUCAGAUCAAGGAGAUGCAAGACAGAGUUUUCAACUUGCAAGAUGAGUAUGGUGAAGGAAUGGUUAUUGAAGACGACGAAGCUCGUAAUUUGAUGGCAAAAGCGGCUUUAAAAUCCUGCCAGGAAUCAUUGGCUCAGUUGCAGGAGAAACAGGAGAGAUCAAUUGAGGAAGCAAGAAUAGAGUCUACAAGGAUUAGAGAAGUAAGAGAGAGAUUAGAUUCUCUCAAAGGUGAGCUUCAAGGCAAAGAAACGAGCCAGGAUAAGUCGCUUGCAAAGAACGAACCUGUAAAGAAAGAACAAGUACCUGGCCAAUUGAAUAAAGAAGUUGAUAGUGCAACAGAAGAGAAACAGAGAGCAGAGGAAUUGCGCCAACAAAUCAAGGAGCAGUUGGAGGCUAGAACAUGUCUUACCAUGUCAGAAAUGGCUGAGAAGAUUGAUGAGCUUGUGAACAAGGUGAUCAGCUUAGAAACCGCACUGUCUUCGCAGACCGCUCUUGUCAAGCAGUUAAGAUCAGAAACCGACGAACUCCAAACACAGAUACGAACCUUGGAAGAUGACAAGGCUUCAAUUAUUAAUGGCAAAAAAAAUCUACAACAAAAGCUAAAAGAAAUGGAGGAAAAACUGGGUGGGAUUCAGAAUCUUAACCAGAAGGUUGAGAAUGAGAGAAGCAAUUUCCAAUCCCAAAUUAUCGAGGUACAUUGUAAUCUAGAUCAUCUUUCUGAUAAAUUGCCUAGCAUACAGCAAGAUGAGGAGCCUGAGCCAAAUUCUUCAAUAAGCACGGUCCAGCACAAACUGCCAGAGGGACUUCCAAGUGUAAACCAAGGUGCAAGUGGAGCACAUACAGCGCUCAAACAGCCAGAGGAAGUUCCUGCUGUAAAGCAAGGUGCAAGUGAAGCAUAUACAGAGCUCAAACAGCCAGAGGGGCUUUCAGGUGUAAACCAAGGUGGAAAUGAAACACAUACAGAGCACAAACAACCUGACGAAAAGUUGAAAGCUUAUGAAGGUUCUGAUGACCCAAAGCAAAUGGGAUCAGAUGAAGCAUGCCAGACAACAGAUACGAGACAAAUUGAAGAACCAGACAUUGAAAUGAAAUCAUCAAAGCUGCUAUCCUCUAAAGAAGAGGAAUCACUGAAUUUCAAAGGUAAAUCUGAGAAAUCUGAUGCAAGUGGUAAGAACAGAAAUCAAGAGAACAUUAGUCCAACAACCAAGGUGGAUCCUCCAAAUUUGGGAAGCAGUUCUAAGAAACUUGAUGUUAAUGCCACCUCUAGAAGUCUAGUAGUAGUUGCUGAUACUCAGGAUAAAUCCCAGAGUUCAAGAGGUAGUUGCGAUAAAUUCGAUGCAGAUGUUGCUGCCAAAAGUGGGGAAGAAAUUGCUCAAACCUUGUCACUAAAUACUGGAGACAAUCCCGAGAAAAGUGAUGCUUAUGGUUCUGCCAGAAAUCCUGUAGAGAUUGUUCAAACUAAGGGUAAUUCACAGUACUCAGAGCGUGGUUGUGAGAAAGCAGAUGCGAAUGUCACUUCUAGAAGUCAUGUAGAAUUUGUUCAAACCCAGGAUACAUCACAAAGUUCAAAAGGUAGUCACGAGAAAUCUGAUGCAGACAAUACUGUCAAAAGUCGGGAAGCAAUUGUUCUAGGCUUGUUAGUGAACAUCGAAGAUAGUCCCGAGAAAAAUGGCAAUAAUGGUUCUGCUAGAAAUCCAGAAGUGGUUCAAACCAAGGCUAAUUCUCAGUAUUCAGAAGGUAGUGUGAAUGGUAGUCUGAUGAGUCAAGUUGAAGAAAUUAACAAACAGGCAAAAAAUCCAGGACAUCCUUCAGAGAAAACAGAGGUUGUGAUGAAAGAGCAAAACAAAAAAGAGAAGACUUGUGCAGAGGCAAUUGGCGCAGAACAAGAACAGAAAGCAGUGGAUAAAGUAGAAGAGCCAAAUUGGCAGCAAUUGUUCUUGAGUGGAAUAGAAGACAGGGAAAAAGUCCUCUUAACUGAGUACACUACAACCCUUCGAAAUUUCAAGGAUGCCAAGAAGAAGCUUAAUGAAAUGGAUGAAAAAAAUCGUGACCACCACCUUCAAACAUCAAAGCAGCUAAAUGAAUUAAAAACUUCAAAUGCAUUGAAGGAUCAAGAAAUCAGAUCCUUGCGCCACAAAUUGAAUCUUAUGCAGAAAUGUUUCUAUGAAAGCAAGGAAUCAAUGGAUCUAAGCACACAAAUGUUAGAUUUAAGUGCUUCAGACCACCAGAAAACCUCAAGCACAUCAGAGGAUCAAUAUGUUGAACCCCAGAUAACAAUGGAUGAUUCAGCUCAGGCUGAAACACUGUCUCGUCAAAUCUCCUAUGAUUCAGGGUUCGACAUCGGUAAGCUUCUAGUUCAACAACCUACCACUAUAUCAGAGAUCGAGGAAAGACUCCGGAUGAAAAUUGACGAACUUUUGGAGGAGAACUUAGACUUCUGGUUGAAAUUCAGCACUUCCUUCCAUCAAAUACAGAAAUUUGAAACUGGGAUCCAGGAUCUCAAAUCAGAAGUAACAAAACUUCAAGAAAAAGGAAAGAAGCUGGAUGAGAGUGGCAAUGGAAACAUUGAAAGAGGAGCUGCAGAACAGAUUUUCAUCACUCUGCAACAUCCAAGAAGAAAUAACAGCCGGAUUGAAGGCGAGCGCCGAGGAUGA